AUGAUCGCCGUGUCGUUUAAAUGUCGCUGCCAGAUCCUGCGCAGGGUGAACAAAGAUGAGGGGCCGUACACGAAACACUCUGCCGGGUCGCGACCUCCAGAUGGAGCGCUGGCCAUCAGGAGGCAGAGUAUACCAGAUGAGUUUCGGGGCUGUUCGGUGGUGGAGCUGAUGAAGAAGGAGGGGACGACGCUCGGACUGACGGUGUCGGGUGGAAUCGACAAAGAUGGGAAGCCUCGGGUUUCAAACCUGCGACAAGGAGGCAUCGCUGCCAGGAGCGACCAGCUGAACGUGGGCGACUACAUCCGCUCCGUCAACGGCAUCAACCUGGCCAAGUUCAGACACGAUGAGAUCAUCAGUCUGCUGAAGAACGUCGGCGAGCGAGUCGUCCUGGAGGUCGAGUACGAGCUGCCGCCCGUCUCCGUCCAGGGUUCAGGCGUCAUGUUCAAGAACGUGGAGGUGACGCUUCACAAAGAAGGAAACAGCUUCGGCUUCGUCAUCAGAGGCGGAGCCCACGAAGACCGGAACAAGUCUCGGCCCAUUGUCAUAACGACCAUCCGGCCCGGCGGUCCGGCCGACCGGGAAGGCACCGUGAAGCCGGGCGAUCGGUUGCUAAGCAUCGACGGGAUUCGUCUCCACGGCAGCACGCUGUCCGAGGCCAUGAGCAUCCUGAAGCAGUGCGGGCAGGAAGCGACGCUGCUGAUCGAGUACGACGUCUCCGUCAUGGACUCUGUUGCCACGGCGUCGGGGCCGUUGCUGGUGGAGGUUGCCAAGGCGACAGGCUCCAGUCUGGGCGUGGCUCUCUCCACCUCCAUGUUCUGCAGCAAGCAGGUCAUCAUCAUCGACAAGGUCAAACCGGCCAGCAUAGCCGACAGGUGCGGCGCUCUUCACGCAGGAGAUCACAUUCUGUCUGUCGACGGGAAGUCGAUGGAGUUUUGUUCUCUGGCUGAAGCCACUCAGCUGCUCUCCGCCUCCUGUCAGACCGUCCGCAUGGAGAUCCUGCCUCAGCACCAGGCCCGACCGGCCCUGAACGCACCACAGCACGUCAAGGUGCAGCGUAGUCCCCGCCCCCUCCCCUGGGAGACCGGAGGCUCCGCCCCCAUCCUCCCCCCCUACCACUACAACACGUACCACCCCGACCAAUCAGGCGCCAGAUCGCACAACCGCCAUACAAACAACCCUCCGCUGAGCCACUCGUUCUCGCCCGGGUCCAUGUCGGCCUACAGCCUGUCCUCGCUCAACAUGAGCACGCUGCCCCGGAACAUGUAUCCCACGAGUCCUCGGGGGACGCUGAUGAGGAGGAAGGCCAAGAAGAAGGACUUCAAGAGCUCCUUGUCUCUGGCCUCCAGCACCGUCGGACUCGCCGGUCAGGUCGUUCACACGGAAACCACGGAGGUGACGUUGCUCGGCGACGGCAUCAUGGGCUUCGGCCUGCAGCUGCAGGGCGGAGUCUUCGCCACGGAAACGCUGUCGUCGCCGCCGCUCAUCGCCUACAUCGACCCCGACAGUCCAGCCGAGAGAUGUGGGAUCCUGCAGAUCGGCGACCGGAUUCUGUCCAUCAACGGCGUCCCGACCGAGGACUCGACUCUGGAGGAAACAAACCAGCUGCUCCGAGACUCGUCCAUCACAGCUCAACUCACGCUGGAGAUCGAGUUCGACGUCGCCGAGUCGGUUAUUCCCAGUUCAGGAACGUUUCACGUGAAGCUCCCGAAGAAGCCCGGAGUGGAGCUGGGAAUCACCAUCAGCUCUCCGUCCAACAGGAAGCCAGGAGAUCCUCUGAUCAUCUCCGACAUCAAGAAGGGCAGCGUUGCACACAGGACGGGAACGUUGGAGCUCGGAGACAAGCUGCUGGCCAUCGACAACAUCCGGGUGGAGAACUGCUCCAUGGAGGAAGCUGUUCAGAUCCUCCAGCAGUGCGAGGAGCUCGUCAAGCUGAAGAUCCGCAAAGACGAAGAUAACUCAGAUGAACAGGAAGUGUCCGGCAGCAUCAUCUACACGGUGGAGCUGCAGCGCUACGGAGGUCCGCUGGGAAUCACCAUCUCCGGCACCGAGGAACCCUUCGACCCGAUCAUCAUCUCCUCACUGAGCAAAGGCGGCCUGGCUGAGCGGACGGGAGCGAUCCACGUCGGAGAUCGAAUUCUGGCCAUAAACAGCAGCAGCCUGAAGGGAAAACCUCUGAGUGAAGCCAUCAGCCUGUUGCAGCAGGCGGGAGAGACGGUGACGCUCAAGAUCAAGAAGCAGGGAGAACUGUCGAGCCCCAAGUCCUGCGUGAUCGGUCCUGGCCUUGGACCCGGUUUGGUGCUGAACCCGGACAACCCUGACGGGGAGGAGGAGCCUGUCGUCAUGGUAGCCCCUCCCACCAGCCAGAGGGCGUUCAGCACGCUGCCGUCGGUGGACAGCGCCGUGGAGUCCUGGGACGGAUCCAACAUGGACGGCAGCUUCACGGCUCCGGCUCCACCCUUUCAGUCGUCUCCGUACAGUUUCCACGAGUGGCGCAACGCCAAGACGACCAACAGCCAAUCAUCUUCCUCCGCUCGCCAGCGAGCCAAUCCGCUGUCAGAUCUGGGUCUGAGCGACGACGACUGGGACCGCCCGCCGCUCGGAGGAGGCUGUAAUCUGCCCAGCGGUCUAAUCUCUGACAGCAGGUUCACUGUGGGCCACGAUGGGACAGAACCGGACCAGGAGGAGAACUUCUGGUCGCAGGCGCUGGAGGAUUUGGAAACCUGCGGUCAGAGCGGCAUCCUCAGAGAGCUGGAGGAGUCUGGAAAGGAGACGCACCUCCUCACUCUGGCGACCAUCAUGUCGGGCUCCACCCUCAGCCUAAACCACGACCCCACCCCUCUGCGCAGCACGCUGGGCCGCCAGGCGAGCUUCCAGGAGCGCAGCAGCUCCAGACCACAGGUGACGCCUCGGUCCAACACCCUGCCCUCUGACCCUCAGCGCCGAGCCUUCGCCAUGAGGAAAAUGAGGCAGGAAGUGAAUGAGAUCCUGAACCAGAACCCUGUGGAACUCCACAAGCUCACUCUGGAAAAGGCGACAGACCUGGAGGAUUUUGGGUUCAGCGUUUCUGAUGGUUUGUUGGACCGCGGAGUCUACGUGAAUAACAUCCGACCGGGAGGGCCGGCGGAGCGUGGCGGACUGCGAGCCUACGACCGAAUACUACAGAUUAACCACGUGCGAACCAGAGACUUCGACUGCUGCCUCGUCGUCCCUCUCAUCGCAGAGUCUCCGAACCGCUUGGAGCUCGUCAUCAGCCGAAACCCCUCCUCCUCCUCCGUGCUGACCAAUCACACCGACGGCACCACCAACAGCAGCCACUCCCCUCAGCCAAUCGGCAGCGACCUUGGGCCCGUGGAGCUCUCCAUUGGCCAGGGAGAAGAUGGCGGUCCGAUGAAAUGGAGCCAACCAGGAGACGGGUUGGGGGCGGGGCUUGGGGUGGGGCAGGUUAAUAAUAAUUCCUUAUAGCAGACAAAAACUGGAUCAAACUGGAUUCAGCCGGUUCUGACCAGACUGGACUGGAGUGGUCAGUAAGAAAUACGGGACAACCAAGUUGAAUCAAACUGGUUUGAGCUGUUUAAACUGGUUCAUGGUGCUACACACACCCUCUGGAUGAACUUCAACCUUUGACCACUAAAGUUUGACCCUUGAACUGCUAAAAAGCCUGAAAGCACACUGACAUAUUGGAGAAACUCCUCACCUUUUCACCUGAACCAGUUCUGCAUACUGGUAUUACUGGUGUCACUGGAAUCAGAAUUAUAACUACUGAUCCUACUGGAACCACAGCAGAGGCUACUGUUCUAACCGGUCCAAGACUCAAAGUUACUGGUCCUGCUAGCUGAAAGCCAUGGCUACUGGUUCUACUGAAGCCACAACCACAGCCAAUGGUUUUACUGGUCUCCAAGCCUAGGAUGGCCUUCUGGUCCCAUUUAAGCCAGAGCCGCACCCAAUGGUCUUACUGUUCUGGGAUCAAUGGUUACUGGUUCUAGAAGCUUAGAACAAUGGCUACUUGUCCUACUCAAGCUAGAGCCGCAGCCAGUGAUCUUGGUAGUAACAGAAUCGUGGAUCCUGGUUCCACCAAAGUCAGAGCCACAGCCAAUGGUCUUACUUGGUCUAAGACACAUGGGUUUUGGUUUAUGGUCUCAGGGCUACAGAACCGUGGGUACUGGUCCUACUGAAACCAGAGCCAAAACCAAUGGUCUCACAGGUCCAAGACACAUGGGUACUGGUGUUAGUGGUGGCAGGAACAUGGCUACUGUUUCUACUGAAGCCAGAGUCACAACUAGUGGUCUUACUGGUCCAAGGCAUGAGUCUUGUUUGUGGUCUUGUCAGAGCCAUGGCCACUGCUUCUAGGAGUCUAGAACCACAACUAUGGCUUCUGGCUCUACUGGGCAUGAACCACAGCAGCACAAAGACUGAUGGGACUCAAGUCCAGAAUCCAGAACCUGCUGAUGGACAGAAAGGUUGCCAAGGAGACUAGGGAUGUUCCGAUCAGUGUUCAGGUCUGAUGUUAUUGGGAUUACUCAGUAUUCUGCAAGCUGACAUCACUGGUCCAAAUGUUAGGAUAUUAGCUAACAUGGAUCUACUUUAAAAACUACAAAUGACAACUCCUCAACCAAUGAAGCAUUCGACAGUAAAGGCCGGGGUAUGCCUGAGGUUUAACUGCAACAAAUGGUUAUGCCUGAUGCUUGAAAGUUGAUUGAAAAGAUUUUUCAGAUACUGUUAGGAUACUACUGCUUUGAUGCUGUCCCACAUAAAACUGGGUGAGAAGCUGCUGUGUCUUGACAGGACCUGAAGGUUGGGUUUAGACCAAGAGAUUAAAGAUGGUCGUGGUUACGUGCAAGUCUUGAAACGAUCAGUUCCAAGUACACAGUUGGAAAUGGUUUGAGUCGAAGAUUAUAAAUGGUUCUUAAGCAGAGUCAAAAGCAGCGCCAUGAUGCAGCUUCUCUAAUUAGAUACCCAAUAUUCUAGGUAACCCUGCACAUUUACAAAACCCAAAAUAUCACUAUCAACAGUCCAUGAGUAAAGAACUCCAAACUUCUCAGACUGGUCCCACUGGCAUGCCAAAGAUCCUACAUUCGGAGUCCUACCGUGGACUGUACCACUGCCGGGAGUCCUUGUUCAUGAUGGGCAGACAAAAUAAAGGCAUUUAGUUGCCUAAGAAGAAUAACUUCUAACGCUUUGCCUCGAUGGACUUUUAUUGUGCACAUUAUUAAACUGAAGCAUUAGAAUAAGGAAGGUGUUCUGGUGCUUUGGCUACAGUCUUAUUUUAGAGACCACCCCAAAUUUGCAUACAGACCUUACUGGACAUACCAACCAUCGAUGAUACACAGACGCAGAAAUACUAGAGACGUAUUUAAGCAAUUGAACCUGAAAGCAACACAGUUAAGGUUUAGGCGAGUCAAACAGAACUGAACCAAUCGUUCUUGACCUUUCCACCGCAGGAAGCUACUCGUGUUUCCACUGUAGGAACCAAUGUCUCAGUGAAGUUCCAAAACAUAGUCCUAUCCCAAAGAGUCAGAAAGAAAGUCCUAGAACUCUCAGAGUAGGUCUGGAAGUGCAGAAUGUACGAAAAGUACACCGUUUUUUGUUUGUUUUUUAAAGUAAAUUGUAGCCACCACUUUUGAAAACCUGCAGACAAGUUAUUUUGCUUUUGUUUGUUGUGCUUCAACACAAAAUCCUCUGAUGGACUGACAGCAAAAAGUCCACGUCGAGUUAAGUAGACAUUCAACAGGAGCUUGUGACGGCAGCAGUGGUAAUCCUAAAACUUUUACCUUUUUGUUGUGUUGUGCGGUACAACAGCCUGAAAACUGAUUUGCCGAAUGUUUGUGAAGCUUUAGAAGCCUGAGAUAAUCUCCACGAUGAAUACACGCCGUAAAGGACAUUUCUACUUUUCCUUACCGAUGAAUUUUAUUGUCACAAAAUCAAGUAAUUUCCAAUAAUUAUCAGCUGAUGUUGAUCGGAGCAUCCCUAACGAAAUGGACACGAAGACAAAGGGUUUACUGUUGAAAUUUUAGUUCUGUGCCAUGAACGAGCUGCACACUGGAAGAGUAAUAAUAAUCAUGCUGACAAUAAUGAUGAUGAUGAUGAUGAUGAUGAUGAUGAUGACACUGAGCAGUUCAAUAAGAAUCUUUUUCUACUGUUUA